UUUCCGAAACCCAACUGGUGAAAUCCAAAAUAAACGAAAAAGAAACAACAAAAUGUUGGGGAAAAUCCAUCUGGCAUCUCCAUUUUUAAUUGAACAAACCCAAUCAAGUCUGCCUUGAUUAGAUGAUGUAUAAUUCAUAAAUCUGGACUGAAUUAUUAAUAAAUAAUUGAACAUGACAGAACGGAACAAAAGAGACCGAAGGUAAGGGAGGCUGUUAGGCUAAGCCUCAAUUGUCUGUCUGUCUGUCCCUAUGGGUUUGAGUUUGUGAGAGAGAAGUGAAUGCACGCCUAUUAAGAGUUUUUUCCACUUCCACCACGUUGACUUGCACCAACUCUUAGCAUUUCAUCUAUCUCAUUCUUAGGGUUCUUUCCAUUUCUCUCCCUUUUUUCUCUUCGAACUGUCAAACCGACGUGUCGUCUUUUGUGCAAAGUUCCACUGGUUAAGGUUUCAAUAAUGUCUUGAAGAUUUUCUGUAGUAGUGAAGUUCCUGGUUUCUUCUUUGAACUGCUUGGUAAUUGGGUUUGUCAGUUCUUGAAGAAGUGGCUUAUUGGUGACCAUUGAAAUAAAAAUACUAAAGUAUAAAAGUAAAAGUGAAGGAUGAGUUUGAUGAAUUUUCCAAAGCGCUAUCUGAUUGUCAUUUUGACGUUCCUUAGCACAUGUGUUUGCUAUAUAGAGCGUGUGGGCUUCUCCAUUGCGUAUACCAUUGCAGCUGAUGCUGCUGGAGUUAACCAAUCAAGCAAAGGGACCAUACUUUCUACAUUCUACAUUGGUUAUGCCUGUUCUCAAGUGCCUGGAGGAUGGGCUGCUCAGAGGAUUGGUGGAAGAAAGGUUCUCCUCCUCUCCUUUGUCCUAUGGUCAUCAACUUGCUUUUUGGUCCCACUGGAUCCCAAUAGACCUUUUAUCUUGGUUGUGGCUCGCUUGCUUGUUGGUGUGUCACAAGGGUUCAUCUUUCCCUCCAUCCAUACUGUCCUAGCUCAGUGGGUUCCCCCUCACGAACGGUCUAGAUCUGUUUCACUUACAACUUCUGGGAUGUACCUAGGUGCAGCAAUGGGAAUGCUUUUACUUCCAAGCCUGGUGAAAUACAAGGGCCCCGAAUCUGUAUUUCUUGCUGAAGCAGCAUUGGGUAUGUUGUGGUCACUUCUUUGGAUCAGAUAUGCCAGUGACCCUCCUCGGUCUGAGAAUGCAAAAGCCUCUGCUGCUGGUUUUGGAGAAUCAAUGUUGCCAAUCAAAGGUAAUCAGAAGAUGAAAAUGGAGAGUGGAGGAAUUGCUUCUAGAACUGUCAAAAUCCCAUGGAAGAAAAUUUUAAUCAGUUUACCUAUUUGGGCAAUUGUGGUUAAUAAUUUCACGUUCCAUUAUGCUUUAUAUGUCUUGAUGAACUGGCUUCCAACUUACUUUGAGCAGGGCCUCCAGCUCAGUCUUCAGGAAAUGGGUUCUUCCAAGAUGAUGCCUUAUCUAAACAUGUUCAUAUUCUCAAAUAUUGGUGGGGUGGUUGCUGACCACUUGAUCACUAAAAGAAUCAUGUCUGUUACUAAGACUCGAAAGUUCUUGAACACCAUAGGAUUCUUGGUUUCCUCUCUUGCGUUGAUGGCACUUCCCUUCUUCAGAACCUCUGGUGGUGCAGUCUUCUGUUCUUCUGUGGCUCUUGGUUUCUUGGCACUGGGAAGAGCUGGGUUUGCCGUGAAUCAUAUGGAUAUUGCUCCCAGGUAUGCAGGAAUUGUAAUGGGAGUUUCUAAUACAGCUGGUACAUUAGCUGGCAUUAUCGGAGUUGAUAUGACAGGACGACUUCUUGAAGCUGCAAAAACUACUUAUUCUGAUCUUUCAAGUUCAGAAAGCUGGAGAGCUGUGUUUUUCAUACCAGCCUUGCUUUCAAUCUUUAGUUCCUUAAUAUUUUUGAUAUUCUCAACUGGAGAAAGGAUUUUUGACUGAGGUAGGCUUGUUACAUACGACUGAUGUGGGUCAAGAGUGUUAUGAUCUUGAGUAUGCCAAUGUUGCUCGGGAGCUAACUGAUCAUGUUCCGGCAUUAAUCUCGCCACUUGAGGGGUUUAUAUUGAAGUCCAUAUCAUAGAAGAUUCAAAGAAAUCAGCAUAGAUUGCAUAAAUAGCUAUAAGAAUAUCAAUCUUUGAUUUGUCUCUUUGAGAUACCCUUAGAUCA